AAAUAAAUUAAAUUAGCUGUCAAUUGGCCAAAAACAUAUCAUAUCUUGAGGCAACGCAGUCAUUCCAUUUUCGUGUUCUUCUUCACCCUUGGCGAACUUUCAUCCGGCGGGAUUUCGCCAUGACUCGUGGUAAUCAGAGAGAUCGUGACAGGGAAAGGGCUCAGGCUCGGAAUACGGGCAAAGGAAAGAAUAAGGAUGAUGGGUUAACCCCCGAACAGCGGCGCGAGAGGGAUGCAAAAGCACUUCAAGAAAAGGCAGCAAAGAAGGCUGCCCAGGCAGGUGGUGGUGGUGGCAGCACUGCCGGAGACAAAACUAAGAAGAAGUAAGAAUGCGAUGAUUCCACAAUUUAAACAAGUCAAUUGUGAUACUUUCGUAUGUGAUAUCAGUGUUUAAGCGUUGACUGAUUGCUCUACAGAUUUUUUUUUUUGGUGUUCUGGUAAAUCAAGUGCCACAUUGUUACAGUCGAUUACAUGUGAAAUUGGUGUUUAGCA